AUGGUAACUUCUAGAUUCUCGGCAGAAGACGAUCUUGUGAUACCAUGGUCUUAUAUAGACUAUGGACUCCAGGACGAUGAGGCUACGGAACAGCACAAGGCUCAUAGAGGUCACAAGCUACACAAGCGCUCUAUUCGACAUUAUCGACAUGCGACCUCAAAAUGGGGUACUGCCUUGGAGAACUUCAGUCCUAUGUGGUUCGCUCUCUGCAUAUCAUCCGGAGGUAUAGCUCUGGUGCUAAACGGACCGUUCCCAUAUCCCGCCCACUGGCUUGUAGUAUUGGCUACUAUCCUCUAUGUCACAGAAAUUGUGCUAUUUUUCACCUUCCUGGCUCUGAUCAUAGCAAAAUGGGUCGUCUAUCCACACGUGGCUGUCCGACGCAUUAUGAGCGAUCCGGACGAACUCGGAACCUAUGCUAUUCCUCCCAUUGCACUAAUGACUAUCGGCGCUCUCACCAUUACUCAAGUCAGCGAGGGUCCAUGGGGCGGUCAUGCGUUUACCUUGGUCGGGUAUGUGGUGUGGUGGAUAGGUGUAGCUUGGAUCUUUAUAACAGCAAUAGUGGUUCUGGCUGUGUUAUUCUAUACUGGAAACCAAGCCGAUAGGUUCAUGACUCCUGUCUUGUUCAUGGCGCCUGUUGGACUCGCUACUGCUGCUACUGAAGCUGGACUCAUUACCAUAUAUGGCUUCGAGAUGUCCUCCAGACUUGCCGUGCCGCAACUCAUCGUUGGUUAUUUUGCUGCUGGUGUGGCCUUCUUCAUGGCUGUCCUGCUGUACACUGUGUUCUUCCAUCGUCUACUUUCUGCUGGUUGGGGCCCUGCUGCAAAGCGAGCUGGGCUAUUUAUCUUGAUCGGACCAUGUGGACAACUUGCAACAGCAUUCCAACUGCUAGGUGAAUCUGCAUCCACGUACAUGCGGUUUGCACAGUACAAGCCUUCAGCGGUCAAGCCCCCAACAUCCGGCACCUUCUGGACUGAGCAAACGGCACAAGGUAUAGACGGCGCUGGCCUGUUCAUGGCGUUACUCCUACUUGGCUUCGAUUACCUCUGGUUCUGUGUUGCCAUAGUUGGAGUUGUUGACGUCUUCGUGAGGAGACAGCAAAGCUACUCGUUAGUUUGGUGGUCCAUAGUCUUCCCGACUGUGACGCUCACCACGGCUUGGCUUGAGUUGGCUUCAGCUAUGGAUUCUCCCACCUUCAGAGCCCUCACGUGCGCACUGACUGUCUUUUUGGUGAUUGCAUAUUUUACCAAUCUCGCCUUUACACUGCGAGGACUCCUCAAUGGAUCACUGAUCUUUGGAGGUAAAUCACAGUUGGAAACCGAAGAGGGCAUGAUGAAGAAAGCGCAAGACGAGAUGCAAAGCCGGAAAUCAGAGGUGUAG